CUUUGGUAGUGGUAGAUUUGGACAGGAUAUAGUGUUUUUUUUAUUUGUAUGCGUUUUUCGGUUGCAAGAGUGGAGCAUGUGACGGUAACUGAAAGAACUGCCAGAAGCUAACACGGGCCCUGUGCUGUUUCAUGUACUUCUAAUUUUUCUGACUUUGAUAUGGGUUGCAACGGCAAUAGUGCGUACAAUAUGAAUGACGGUGAUUCUAUUUACGGGACGACUCUGUCCCAGGAGUCGAUGAAAGUUAUUGCCGAGAGUAUUGGUGUUGGUAAUUUGCCGGACGAGGCUGCCAAGGAUCUUGCCGAAGAUGUGAGUUACAGACUCAAGGAAAUUAUACAGGAUGCUGCCAAAUUCAUGAGGCACGGGAAGCGUCAACGAAUGACGACUCAUGAUGUCGAUCACGCUCUCAAAAUAAAAAAUAUCGAGCCUACUUACGGCUUCUUCUCGAAAGAUCACAUACCUUUUCGUUUUGCCUCUGGAGGCGGUAGAGAAUUACACUUUGUUGAAGAGAAAGAAAUUGAUCUUAACGAGAUGUUAUCUUCGGCUGGAGGUCCGAACUGUCCCAAAUUGCCACUGGAUAUAACUCUGAGGGCUCACUGGCUUUGCAUAGACGGGGUCCAGCCGACAAUUCCAGAAAAUCCACCGCCAGUGUCGAAAGAUGCACAAAAAUUGGAAAGCGUCGAUCCCACAACAAAACUUUCAGCAAAGACCCAGAAUAUGGGUGUGGGCAAGCCAGGUGGCGGAGGAAAGAGUCAGAAACUUCGUAAUGUUGAAACUGUUCAUGUUAAACAAUUGGCGACUCACGAAUUGAGCGUCGAACAACAGUUGUAUUAUAAAGAAAUAACGGAAGCAUGUGUGGGAGCGGACGAAGCUCGACGAGCCGAAGCUCUGCAAUCCCUCUCAGCUGAUCCGGGGCUACACGAAAUGCUCGCAAGAAUGUGUACAUUUAUCGCAGAAGGGGUUCGUGUUAAUGUGGUACAAAACAAUCUUGCUCUUCUCAUUUAUCUCAUGAGAAUGGUCAAAGCUCUGCUGGACAAUCCCAGUCUUUACUUGGAGAAAUAUCUUCACGAGCUCAUACCUUCCGUAGCAACGUGCAUAGUUUCACGACAAUUGUGCAUGAGACCCGAGCUCGAUAACCACUGGGCUCUUCGGGAUUUUGCGUCGCGACUGAUGGGCCAAAUAUGUCGUAAUUUCAACACGUCUACGAAUAAUGUGCAAACCAGGGUGACUCGAAUGUACAGUCAAGCUCUAGCGAAAAAUAGCCAAACGCCUCCGGCUUCGCUGUAUGGCGCGAUCGCUGGCUUGUGCGAAUUAGGACCUGAAGUUAUAAAGGCUUUGGUCAUACCAAAGAUCAAAAUCAUUUCCGAACGAAUGGAAGGCUCCAUCGAAGGCGCAACGCUUUCGAAUGCUGACAAAAACGCCGCUGGGCAUAUUAAAAAUCUUUUACUGAAAUCCGUUGCUCCGGUGAUACGAACCAUAAGGUCACCUCCGGAUUAUGUCGAGGAGUACAAACAAGAAUACGGAUAUAUUGGACCAAUGCUUUGUACGGCUGUUGCUAAAGCCCGAACGCAACCAACAGCAUUGGCAACGACACCAUCGACCACAACGACUUUGACGACGAGUCAGCAGGCUCCGACGACCACGACUACUGCCAAAAGUAUCGUUCAAGCGGGUGAGGAACGAUAUAACAUUGCAGUUUCAACACCGAGUCCCUCGCAGCAGCAUACCGGACGUCCGAUUAUGCUCGGCACGGGGAGAAAUCCUGCUGCGACGCCAACAGCAGGAGGACAGAAGUUCGUGAUACUUCAAUCUCGCUCACAAACUCCAACGGGCUCAGGAAUAUCAAGCAACGCAAUACAACCUUCGCAAACACAGAAUUUGCAGACUUCGACUAAUCCCCAAGCGCAACAACAGAUCAAAGUGGCUCAAACUACCGCAACUCAACAACCAAAACCGCAUUUGGCGCAACAAACUAUUACGACAAUUCCAAAACGAGUCGUUGUUUGCGUCGCCAACAACAGUCAUACCAACACCACCACCAUCGUGUCUCAGGCAAAUCCAACGGUGAAGCCACCGCAGAGUAUAUUUGUAACGCAACAGCAAAACAUCGAGGGAUCGCUAAGUCCGGUGGACGAUCACACUUUCUAUGAUCUAAAAUGAUUAUGUUAAGAAAACUAACGAAGAUUAAUUGUGGAAGUCGGCUUGACGAGAGCUCUCUUCCGUUCCUCCGGUAUAGGUAAAGAAAUUUCAUAUGUAAGCUUUUAAACUUGAGUAUAGUACAAUAAAUACAUUUUGUACGACA